AUGGUGUUCGCUUUUUCCACUGACUGCUUUCUUCACUCUCCUUCUGCAGUUCUGAAACCCGAGGUAACAACGUCAUCGGAGGCGGUUUGGUAAGUGGAGAUAGGACUGUGCGAGAAAGAUUUCGGAGUUUUUAGGUACGGUGUGACCUCCUUAUAAGUCUCUAAAGACUCAAUAGUAAAUCAAGGCAGGAAUUAGGAGCAUGCCAUAAAUCUACAGAUUUCCAUAUACGUACUGAAUUGACCUAACUUGUGCUGAAAGGAAGAAGCUAAAUUAUUUAUAAAAACCUUUAGGCAGAGGUCCACGGGAAGGGUUAGGAUGAGUGAACCUUUUAUCGUAUACUUACUUUACUAUUUGUUCUUCUAUUUUGCGUUUAGUUUUGACACCUUAUGAUGAAGCGAACUUUCGGAAAUCAAACAGUUUUCAUCAGCAAAAGCAUUAUAUUCAGCGAUAGAAGCGAGAUAGGCGACAAGGAGGGUUAGCCCUGAAAGUAUUUCAAGUUAGAAAAUACCUGGCAAGAACUUUGGAUCUCUUGAAAUCCUCAAAAUAACACGCAACGCCAGACAGAGAACCUGCACAUUCACUAGUAUUCAACUUGAUAUUCGGUCUACAAUAUGGCUUUUCCCAGGGGUAAGGUGAUGGUCGUAAUCCGAGAAUGUUCGUUUGGGAAGUUUUAGUAAAAAUAUGCGGGCGCUUAUAGAAUUUGAUGACGUAUCCGUCAGUCAAAGUUUUCACUGAGGAAGGAGAUCAAGUAGAAACGCACAGGCUCAGCCGCAAUAACGCUUCGCUAAACACCUGCCUUUUGCCCCACUUGUCUUGUUGUAGUUCUUGAAGUGUCCCAGGCUUCCGCGUCUUGCCGAACUUUGUUCGAUGCGCCAACCGCUUAAGGAAACCCCCGAAGGAAACAUCUACCAUAACACAACAUGAUGUUCUAUAGGAUCUACAAAAGUUACUUUUGGGAUCUUUGAGCUAGUGGCGUCCGUCAUGAGCGCAUGUCCGUGUGGCCUUGAAGUUGAUUGGCUGGCUGAAGUAGCUGUGAUUGGCCAAACAUCAGGGAUUGGCUAGACGCGAAGGAAGCAUAUGUCAAAUUAUUUUGACAUUUUAUAUAAGACUUGCAAGCGCAGCUUUUAAGAUAGUUGAGAUAAUGGACUACUUUCUGUUUUUUGAUCUGACUCUCUUUUACACAUGCAGCCUUAACAUCCUUGUUCCCCAAUGCGAUUCCUCAGGAAAAUCCAAAUCAUCGAAGGCGCCAAUUGUCUACGUUGCCGAGGUAUCUUUGUCAGUUUUUAUUCUAAAAUUUUGACUAAAGCUUAAAUAGCAUUGGAAGGAGAGGAAAAGCGGACCAGAAAGUACCAGUUCACAAAUUUGGGGAGAAUUUCUACUCGGAUAAGUGAAAGCGCGUAGGAACGGGUCAGAUACAGAGAAGUCAGAUUCGCAUGUCUCAGAUGCGAAAGUUAUGGGCAGAAUUCAUAAGAUAUGGUUAUGUAGCCGCACCUGAUGGACAUGCUACUGUUGACCUACUUAGUUCUUUUGAGUUGGCAUGGUGUUGUUGUGCGUUGUGGUGUAUGUUCUGUUGGCGGCCUUGUUAUUUUGUUGCCGUGUCUACCUUUCUCGGCCCAAAGCCGGUGGUCCUUCUUGACUUUCGGCCUGUCGUCUCCUUCUAGCUUUUGCAUUGGAUGUUUCCGAGUUAGGGUUUAGGGCUAUGGUUAAGCGUUAGAGAUUAGGGUUAGGGUUUGGGGGACAGGGUUAGGGGUAAUGGUAAGGGGCGUUAGGGUUAGGGGUUAGGGCAAUUAUUUCUCAACCAUUCAAUGUACAACCGCGCAUUCCCAAUAGCUUUUCUUUUGCAUACAAUUACCGGAGCUCGUCGCCUAUGCGUUCCCCGGCCCCACUUGCAAAAACCCCGAUUACCACCGGUCCUGUAUUACAGGUGACUGGGGUUUGUUUACCUCAAGUGCGGACACAUAACCACAUCUGACCAUUCGUUUGAGUGUUCUCAACAAGAAUCUGCCCUGUAGAUAUGCCGACCCAAAAGGGACGGUCAAACGGGCCAACGGCACGCGUUUAUCUGGCUGCGUUGUUUUUGCGUGACCCCAUAACUACGGCUGUAUGAGCAUGUGCUGGCACCUCUCAGACGCUGGCUUUCACGUCGAGUCAGCCAGUGCGGCUUCCCACAUCAUCAUCAUCAUCAUCAUCAUCAUCAUCAUCAUCAUCAUCAGCUAGUAUACAAACUCUGACAGUCAACUAUUCUUUGGGCGAUGGAGGAGGGAAUGAGAACGACUAUGGUGAGUCAGCGCAGCACAUCGACGUGCUGAUUGUCGCAAUACAAUUGACGUGAUCAAAUCUGAAGAAGGAGAGUCGAGCACCGAAACACUCCGCUUAUUGUCCUGAGCUUUCAGACUCGUAUAGGAGUCCAUCGUCAGAGGUAGUAGCAGCAACAGAACAAGCGAUCAAAUCUACCAUGACAGGCUAAAAGUUGUGGUUCAGGGGGUUUCCGACCGCCAACAAAACUGGGUCCUAUUGGGCACUCCGUGGGACUUCGUCACUCGCGACAGUCGGAAUUUCUAAAAUUCUCCGACAGAACAGUCCGACAAUCUCUAAACGAUCAACGGUGCACCUUGCUUCAAAUUUGAGGUGUCGUUUACAAUGGUAAUGGCCGAUUCGUGAAUUUGACAUUAUGGAUGAAAAGUUAAAAAGGUACUCGAAACGGCGCUUUGGAUAUUUCAGGAUUAGGGCUUAGGGCUUCAGUAAAGGGUCAGGGUUAGGGGUUAGGGCUAGUGGGCGGAUUAGGCGCUAUGGUUAGGAGUUGGGGUUAGGGGUUAUGCGCAGAGUUAGCGCUAGGGGUUAUAACGAUUAUUCGUAAAUCACUCAAAGUAGAACCGCACAUUCCCAGUAGCUUUACUUUCGCACACAAUUACUUGACCUCGUCGCCUGUGCGUUCCCCGGCCCCACCUGUAAAAAUUCCCUAUGACCACCGGUACCAUAUUACAGGCGGCUGGGGUUUGUUUACCUCAGGUUGGGCUACAUAACCAUACCUGACCGCAGAAUUUAAUAAACACGGCCUUUGGACAAGGUCCAGGGUAGGAUAAUGCGAACUUAAACGUCAGUGAAGGGUGAGAGAGUAUUGUAUUCUGUACAGAGUGAAUAAGUGAGUAAGUUGGAGCAAAUUUGCGUCCGGACGAGAGUCGCGAACGUCCGGCGUCGGGGUUGGAGCAUGUACGCGUCAAUCCUGAAGUUGGCUGCUCGUAUUGGGUAGCUGUGAUUGGCUGAGAAUAACACAAAGUCUCCCCGCUCCAGGGAUUGGCCGGACGCGAUGGGAGCAGAGUAGGGUGUCUUCGAAUGCCAGACGAACGACUGCCGAUGGUGCGUGCUAGCAAGUAUGCACCAAGCAGCGGCUCAAUGUUGGAGCGAAGCCUCAACGUGUGACCGGGGGGAGGGGAGUAGGGAACUAUAGUGCCGAAACAGCGUUUAAGAGAUGCUUGCACAAGUAUUUGGCUAACAAUGUACAAUUAGCUGCCCUUAGCCAUCCAAAUGUAUGACUGCGGCACGAAUGAAAAUUUUCCUGACAAUGUUCAGUGGCAAGGCACAGCGGUAGAUGUGCUGGACCAACACAGGGACUAGAUCGGAGUCCGGAAAACGUUAUUGGGAAUGCGAAUUCGUAAAAAGAACUAACAGGGGAGUGGGGUGGCAGGCUCAGUUGCUUGAAUUCGUACCGCCCCCCCCCCGUAUUUGUUUUGUGGCAUAAAGUCCUGGUUGGUGUCCGUUGUGGGGUGGGGUGGUACGUCUAGGUGCGGGUUUUCGUCGCGCUAGCCACACACACCCUUCCCCGCCCCCGGUCUUUUUUGGUCCAACCUUAUGGCCAGACCCAGGUGGCUACGGAGGAGAAGAGGGCGCGGUAGAUACUACGCAAGUCUACUGCCACUAUAAAAUAAUUUACUCCCAAGCCACCGUCCCUGUGGAGCACAUAGAUGACAUCGUCGGCACCGACGGUCUGGCUGUCGUUUCAUCAUGUGUAAAACAGACAAAGCUUUGGUAGGAGUCAGGAAGGCAAACAAGGAGAGGCUCAGUCACCGAUGUGCCUCAGGCGAGAAGUGUUUUUGUCAUGUCAGCUAUCAGGGUCGACGCCAAAAUUGGCUGACUUGGGAUGUUGCCGAAUCGACUAAUAACUUCGCUUCCAGACUACUGAGACUGUACCAAACUUGCCGGUGCUGAUUUACAAAAACAUAUCACUAAAAGCGAGAAGUUGAUGAAGUCAGAACGCACAGAUGUGACUUAGCAGCUGGGAGGAGAAUUUACCUGGCGUUAUCAGUAGGUGGGCUAGCUCAUGAAAUGUCAACCGAAAUUCCGAAAUGUGUUUUCGUUUCAGAAAGAUUUAUUAAGUGGAAUUGUAAUAUUUAUCAGUCUGCAGCAUAAUUCAGUUACCUCAAAAUGCCGAUUUUCGAACGAACUUCCUUCCGGCUGCAUGCAUAAACGAUAGUUAAAUGGCAUUAAUUUUUCUCUUUGAUUUUCGAUGCCCCUAAAAUUCCAGUUAUAUUUCAUGAAAAGCAAACAAUAUAGCUCGAAUCCAGUGCUAAAUGUUUUGAAUCCGACAUGGUGUUCUCUUACUACCUGAGAGAAAUUUAUGGUUUUCCGAACACGAUAAAUAUACGGCUUGUAGUUUGGAAACCCUGAAUGCACAUGUAACGGCAGUUGGGGAUUCGAAAUGAUUCGGGAAUUGGAAAAGUUUUUUGAAAAACCGAAUGAUACCCUUCCUUCGGGCAUAAAAUUGGAAGAAGACUUAAUUUUUUACCGAAUGAGUAGAAGAAUGAAUAUUUUUAUGCAUGUUUUCCGUGAAAUAGAAUUGAAUUUAUAGGGGCAUCGAAAAUCAACGAGAAAAGUGCAUGCUUAUAAAGUAGUCAUUUUUUACAGGGUGUAGUUUUUACAUGCAGCCACAAGGAAGUUCGUUCGAAAAUCGGCAUCUUGAGGUAACUGAGGUUUUUUAAAAUUACGAUGCACGCUGAUUGGUUUAACAAACCUAAUUAAUUAAUAUUUUCGAAAGGAAAAAGCAAUUCAGAAUUUCGGUUGGCAUUUCAUGAGUUAGCUUACCUACUGUAUCUGGUUGGGAGGAUCGGUGCCGCCGGUCUUGAGAGAUUGCCGGCAGAACUUUAUCGAAGACCAAGACCCGUCGUUGCGUCCUGAAGCAGGCAAACCAGGUGUCUGACCUCAGGCUGGCAUCAGAUGACAAGCAGCAAUUUAGAUUCUCACAACCAGUCACAUUAGUUGGCUUAUCUUAUGAAAAAUUAACUCUAGUCCUGAAAUAUAAUCUCGAUUAGGAAGGAUUGCUUGGAUUGUAUUGGGUUAUCGAUUAGCAUGACAUAUAUUCCACCUUAGUCGGGAUGUCAGUCUCUCAAUACGUGCCUUUCCGGCCGCCCAUAAAGACCCUAUUCGCUAAAACGACUGCCACGUUAAUCCGGAUAUUUUCAAAUAGUUCCAGAUUUCCCUAAAACUCCAAGCAUAGUCAGUAGAAAGCACGCAUAAACUCAUUGUGUUGCACCCCGCGUCUUUGUAUUUUUGUCGAAACAAAGAUCACACCUGGGUUUAAAGAAUGCUUUUCAGUUCGCAAAUUAUUUACAUCUGACCAGGCUUUGAACUUGCGUGUGGGAUUUCCAAACUAUAAGCUGUUCGCCUUCCAUUUAAAGAAAACCAGCCUUCUAUGCUAUGAAAAUUACUUUAUAUGGGAUACAAAAAUUUGCAUUUGAUAUGGAACAAGUUGUUUAAUUCAGAAGGAAUAUUGCUGAGAAGACAGAGACAACGUUAGCUGAACAAAUAUUGCACGCUCUUACAAAAAUAUUUUAUUUACUAACUCAUUUGAAAGCGUGAAAUACCUUGUAUUUGAGUAGGAAAUUCACGGCAGACGUAUUUUACUGUAAAAUGAGUUCAAGAGAGAAUGUUUUUUUGCAUAUUUUCUAUAACAUAUGCCUACAUUCAUAAAUACACUGAGAAUCAGUGGGCAACGACAGCGUUACGCAAGUUAUCUUUUUAUUGAACACAAAUCUUAUAGGCAGCCGGAAAGACGCAUUGAAAGACGACAUCCCGACAUAACCACAACUUAUUCAGACUAUUCAGCACGAGAGUCAUUCUUAAAACGCCACCUAAGAAAUCCUUCCUAGGGGGGAAGCAUAGUUCGUCAGUUACAUAACCUGUUAUGUGCCAGAGACAGUUGCAUGUAAGCAGACUCCUUGCGAGAGCAAGUGGACUUUAACGGGGACAGGGGAGGGGGGCAGGUUCCCGUCGAGUCCAACAAACACUGACUGACGGCAGUACAAGCGACCAAUCAGAACAGUGGCAGGUAGGAACCCAAGUAAAGUGCAACCGGGCUCCAGCUUAAAUCACCCCAGAAGCCGUAAGACGAGGCACAAGGAACUACCUUCAACACCACAGCUUUCCUGAUGCGAACUUGGGCAUUUCCAAAUGAUGAGAGACGAUGCACCUGCUUCAGUGACUCGGAAUCACCCUCCACUCUGGUUUGUGAACUCAGGAAUAUGUAAAUGCACUUGCCAGUCCGUUGCCGUUGCACAGAAAAAAAACCACUUUCAGGGCCGUUUAUCGUAAGGUUUUCUGUAAGAUUGACCUUAUAUUAUCAAAAUCGAAAAUGCCAUGCGAUUUGUAGCGAAACAGAAUUCUGAUGCCGUAGCAUGCAAUUUGGGGAUUUGAGAACAUAUACCGUAGAUGUGCCAACUCACGAAAUGUUAACCGAAAAUCUGAAAUUCGUUUUCGACUCGAAAAGACUACCAAAGUAGGGCUGUAGCAUUAGUUACCGCAGAGGAUAAUCCCAAAUUAUUUCAGUUACUUCGGGAUACCAGCUUUUUGAAGGAACUUCCUUCCGGUUGUCUGCAAAAAUUAUAAUUUGAAAAGAUGAUUACCUAAAUAGCAUAAAUGUUUCCCACUGAUUUCCGACGCCUUAAUAAAUUUCAGUAUAUUUCACAAAAAAUGCACAAAAUAUCCAUCCUGCUUCUCAUUUAGAAGAAAAUUACCUCUUCUUUAAAUUUUGUAUCUGAAGAAAAAGUGCUAUUAGGUUUUAAAAAGUUUCUAUUUAGGAGACUAAGGAGACCUUAAAAUGCCCGUUCAUAAAACAUCCUUUCACAGCAUUUACUAACCUGGCUUGCAGAGUUUACAAUAUGGCUAAAAUCCACGGUUAAGUUUUAAGAAGGGCAAGGGUAUGGAGGAGGAACCACUUAACUGCGGAUCGUGGCAUACGAGAUUUAUUGUAAAAUGAGUUUUAUGGGUGGAGCAGCAAGCCAGACAGUAAGCUGACAAAAUGAAAGAAAACACAGAAAUUGCCCGGAUUUAUGCCAAAAGUCUUAUCCUACGCUAUUGUACGACAACGGAAAUAAGAGUGGCAAUUAAACAAUAAACAAAAAGUAGGCUUUACAAAAUAACGGAUUUUGGGUUAGGAUGUGAGGUGGUGGGAAGUAAUUGUUGAUGGCAGUGUAAUUUCUGUAACGACCUGCAGAUGCAUGCCAAGAUAGAAUGCUGUAGUACACGAUCCACAGUCUACUGACAGUCAUUUGGGGUCCUUCUCUAUACCGUUGCCUAACCGUUGCGUUAUAAAGCCAAUGCAGCCGCCUGCCUAUAAUAUAUAGAACGAUACGAUUUUAUGCACACAGAAAAUAUACAGCGGGUAUUUUGGAAACCCCGAACUCAAGAGUAACGGCAUUUUGGGUUACAAAAUAUACGCAAAUUGAAAAAAACUGCGAAAACACAACUAUACGUUUUCCUUGAGUAUAAAAUUUGAAAACGACAUGACUUUCUAUCAAGUGAGCAAAAUAAUAAAUAUUUUUAUGAAUGUUUUCUAAGAAAUAUGUCUGAAUUUAUGAGAGCACCGGCAAUCAAUGAGAAACAUUCGCACUAGUACGGUAAAUGACCGAUCUGAUGUAAUUUUGGUUGAAAUUCUGAAAUGUGUUGUCAAUUAGGUAGGACUACCUAGGCGCGGUUGGAAUACUGAUUAUCUUGCGGCAUAAUCCUACAAUAUUUCGGACUUGGCAAGAUGUCAGCUUUUGAAUACACCGCUUUUCGGUCUCCUGUAAACACCGUAUCCGAUAAAAAAUUACUACUUAAGUAGCAUGCAUUUUUCCAAUUGGUUUUCGGUGACCCUACGCGUUUGGUAGAAAAUGAGGUUGUCUUAACAUUAUACGCCCAAACAAAGGACAUAUGAAGGGACCCCAAAGGCUCUUUAGUAAAACUAAUUUAUUUAUUUAUACUUAAGUUUUGAAAAAGUUUCUAAUUAUGAGAUUUUUUAAGACCGCGCUGUGCCCAUUCAUAUAGCUCCGUAACUGUCAGUAUACCACUUUCCCUCAUGAAAUGGACAACAUAGUCCGCAUCCAGCGCAAGAUUUUAUGAGCUCUAUAUGGUUUUUUUCUUAAAGGCAUAGGGGAAUAUAUGAUUUUCCAUAUUCGAAAAGCAUGCACCUUUUAGUAUAAAUUGCUAGACGCUGAUGUAACGAGUAUAAAAUAUAAAGAUGACGUAAUUUUCUAUCAUACGACUGAAAGAAAGCAUAUUUUUGUCUGCGGUUUCUAUAAAAUAUAUUCGAAUUUGCAAGGCCACCGAAGACCAAUGGGGACAUCUAUGCUACUUAAGUAGUAAUUUUUUAGCGGGUGCGGCUUCUAAAGGCGAUUGAAAAGCAGUGUAUCCAAAAGAUGACAUCUUGUCGAGUCCGAAAUAUUAUAGAAUCAUGCUGCAAGAUAAUCAGUAUUAAAACCGCGCCUGAGUGGUCCUUCCUAAUCGACAGUGCAUUUCAGAAUUUCAGCCGAAAUUUCAUGAGAUCGGUCACACAAUGUACUUUUUGCAAAGUGUAAUAUACUGCCUAAAGUAUAGUUUCUGCAGCCGGCCGGAUUGAAGUAAGUUUAAAAGCCGGUAUCCUAAAGCAACUGGAUUAUUAUGGAAUUAUGUUGCACGGUGAUUGUUAUCAUAACCUUAUUUAAGUAAUAUUUUCGAGUCGGAGACAAAUUUCAGAAUUUCGGUUAACAUUUCACGAGUUAGGACUUUUACUGUAAUUAAAGAUUUGCGGUAUUUUUCUCUGAUUUUCGUCGAAUCAUACGGCCAAUCAUUCAAACAGUCAGUCUCUAGCUUCUUUUUCGAAUGGGCCUUCUUGGUGCAGUAUAUUCGUGGACAAUAGGCGAAGCCUAUACGACGGCGGUCGUGUUAUGAGUCCGUUUGAAGGUCAAAUGUGAAGGGGAGACGGUUUUCACCUGGAAAACCAGGAAACAUUCGUCUGCGGUGCAAGUAAAUCAAUGACGUACGGUCUCAGAAUGUCCAUCCCAUGCAAAAUUUCCUUGUAUACUCCCGUGAUUCUAAACUAGGUGUCUUUUUUACUUUCUUGCUUAUGCUGGUAUUUCCAGAGUCUAGGAACGGUUUCCUCACUGUAAUGUCAUCUGCCAGAAUAAUGCUGAUUUUACACUCUUCACCAAACUCAUGCAUGUCUAUUGAUGACGAAAUUUUUACCCCCCUUCCCCCCCCCUCCAGCUUCCAAGAACGACAGCGUCGUACGGGUCUCGCAGUCGAAAACAGCAAUCCCCACAGCGUGUAACAUCCGAAUCGGAAGGUAUGUUGUGACAAAUAAAUUUCUUAAACAAUGGUUUUUGUCGGGAAAGAGUUUUCAUUUUCAUGUAUCCCAAAUGGAGAGAUUUCAGAUGGUCCGUUACGUCAUCAAUUAGUAUUCAUAAUUCCUUAUUUGAACCCGACAAAAUGAAGUUUUUGAGACAACAGAAUAUUUGAUGGAGUAGGCAGAAGCUUGCGUAAAGUAUGGAGUGACUAGGGGGAGUAUCUCGUGGAAUAUGAUCUCGGUACGAAAGGGUCGCUUAGGCGUCGCUGUAAUAUCGAUCACAGCGCAGCACUAUUCCAAGUUGUUCCAACCCUGUCGAAAUGCUGGUUUUUUAAUCCAAAGCAAAACUCCGUAAAGAAUGGCUAUUUUUAUCAAUUUUCGGCACUUAUGUAAUUUAAACAUAAUUUAUAGAAAUCUGGCAUAAAACUAUUCGAUCGUGUGCUCAUUUUGUUGCAAAUUGGGAUUUCUCCGAAUUUUCUGCUUAAAGAAGGGGUAUCUUCGGUUUUAAAAAGUGUAUCGAUUCCUCAAUGACUUUGAAUUCUACCUGCUGUUGCAUUUGUAUUUAGGCUUUCCGAUCUACAAGCUUUACGCUUCCCUUUUAAGGAGAAUCAUGCAUCCUCUACGCUGUUAAGGAAACUCUGUGUGGUAUUUUACAAUUUCACGAUGAAUACAAACCUUUUUGUAGUAAAGAAUUUUAAUGAGCGGACACCUACGACGCUAGUUUUACAGACAGUUCACAGUUCCCGAAAUUACUUUGGUUGAAAACAUCUUAAACUCAAUAAGCGCCAUUUUAAAAGCAGAAGAUGGCAAGAAGACGCGAUUCAGUUAAAAAAACGGUACGAGAAAUGACAUUUUAGUGCGUAUUUUUUGUGAAGUAGAUUUAUAUGAAUAGUCUUCGGAGCAUCGAGCAUUGAUGGAGAAAGUCAUGAUAUUUAAGUUAUCGUUCUAGCAAGUGGGAUGUUCGAGGAAGGCCGAGAAGAUACGCAUUCAAAAUCUUACGUUACAACGGGACUUAAAUAUUGCAGGAUCAUAUUGCAAGCUGCUCAAUAAUAUAAGUCCACCAAAGCUAUCAGUUUUAAUAGAAAUAAUAUUUCAAAAUUUCUUCUGAUGCUCAAUGAGAUGCGCCGCUCAAAGUGUAUACAAACGCUUGAAUGAUGGGCAACUGCAGAGGAGAUUGUGUGAGCCGCAGUAGAGACAUUUUUCAAACAGAUUUUCGAAUAAGCACCCCCCGUAUGACAGGUGACUUUGUGUAAAUUUCAAGGGGGUUAAAGCCAGGGUUACUCUUAGGACUAGGGUACAGAACUAGCUAUCCCGGUAGAAUUUGGCGCAAAAUCACACAGGGGAUACGCAUUUGCGUGUAAAGAUAUAAGGUCUCUCUUUCGUCUGUGCUUCAGACGGAUUGGAGUCGUUUUAAAAUGCUGUUUGACAGAUGGACAUCUUCACUCUGAAGCAGGUUUUUUAUCAUGUGAAGUAUUUCUGUUCUUCCUUGUCAUUUCUGGAGGUGUGCGUUCCGCAUCUAAAGUAAGUGCCUUCGUCACUUUCCCACGCACAGUCGCAGACGGCUGCUCAUAUUUUUUUUCGCACGCCAAGAGACCAAAUUAAAAAGCCGAAGUCACAGUUUACUGUGUUACGCUUUUAACGGCGACGCUGCAGUUCGAAGCGCUAUUUCCAGGUAAUUUCGCUCGAGGGAAAAACCUACAAGUGGUACUUUAGUCGAUUCGCAGACUCAUUUAAUUUUGGCGGCGUUUAUGUGGCCUUGGCAGGGUCAGCUCCGCCACGCAUACCGAGUAUCUAACAGAACUUUAAUUUCAUGUAGUUCCCCCUCUCGCUGCCAAACGGGCGAGAACAACGCUAUUUGAAUAGACAUUCUACGGCCAUUAGCAAUCUCGUAAAUACAGAAUAUGCUGACAUCAAGUGAUGCACUUUUUGAGUGGUACGUUGGAAGAGAAACCCAAUUUCCUAUACACGAGUACAAGAAGAGAUAUUUUUAUGCAUACCUUUUUAAAAAGUGUUCUUGAAUUUGCAAGGGUGCCGAAAGUCAGUUGGAAAAUACAUACUACUUAAGGAUCCAUUUUACAUGAAUUGGUUGUUUGCAGGUGACUAAUAUGACACGCGUUCGCAAUCCGGCAUUCUGGUAUGACUGUUGUGUAGUGGGACUAGACCGCCCGAUGACCAAUAUUACUGCACUAAUUAAGUACUUCUUUGAAUCUGAAAUCUCACUUCAAAAUUUUAGUUAAUCUUUCAAUAUAUGCGCCCUCUAGAGACGCUUUAGUGUUUGACAUUUGCAGAGGAAAGGGUGUGAGUCGCGGAGAAGUUAUUUUACGAACAGGUCAGUCAGCUGAUAAGGAAGUCAGACGCAAGUUACACCGGUGCUCUAUUAAAAUAGUUAACUAAGGAUAGUGAAUGUUGUUCCGCCUUCUCAUCUUUAGCAGCUCACGGUUUGCAUUUAAAAUAAUCACUUUGUCAAUGAUGGUUGUCGUUCCUCAGGGCUAACUGUUGCUCAGACGUUUUUGUCAAUAUAACGAAACCACACUUAAAUGAAGAAGUCACAAUUUCCAGUGCUGCGUUUUUAACGCCUAGUUCAAACUCGGAAGCUCAGUUUUCCGGAAUUCUCGAUACGGGCAGAAAUCUGCACACGAAAGUUCAUAAUUAACUGUCAGAUGGGCAGUUGGGUGAUAACUAGCGCGGCUUCGGUCAUUCCGCAAAUCCAUUUAUAUGUGGCAGUGCCUAAGUGGCCUUGACAAGGUCAUUUCCAACAUGUGUGAUGAUUAUCUGUCGAAGUUGUUUAUCAGUCUGGUCUUCUCUCAUUCAACCGCUGAUAAUUUUCUCGAUACUUAUGAUCCCCUUUGCCAUGUGGCAAAAUGAAAAGAAUGUGUACUUCACAAUCAUGAAAUUCCGUAAAAUUUCAUAAACAGUACGUUAACAGAGAAAAGCCUUACUGUGGGAUUUUGAAAAAUAUACAGCGAACUUUGCCUAAAAUUGCGCUGGCUUUGGUUUAAAAUUCCGGUGUGUUUCGGAGGACAUGGAAUAUUUGUAUUCGGUCUCAUGCUAAUAAUUUUCCCGCAAAUGCUCUGUUCAGUGGAACGAUCGAUCCUAAUAAUCAGCAGACCUGUAGACUGAUUACCGCGCAAGACUGAACUUUUCGUCGGUGGCUUGGCAACAGUCGUCAGCCAGUUGUAUGUCAAUUCCAGAUCUGCAUGACGUGGGAUUCGAAACCCAACCUUCUGAGGUUGCUGAACAUUAACUUCAACGCUCUGCCCUAGGGCCACAUGUCCAUUGGACGCACUACUUCACGUGGAAGUACCGUUCAACCCACGAAGCGUCCCACCUUCCUUUACGUCAUGAAGUCCUUUUGACAGCCGGUUGACCUUUUGACAGCCGGUUGACCUUCAAUCAAAGAGGAAUAUCAACAUUUUACCGAAAUGCCUGCUUUCGCUGUAAUCCAGCCUUCUAGUCCAGCAACAGCGAAAGCCUGACUAGCUUUCAGGACUUUCACAUGUAUCAGCUACCUCAACGGUCAUUUAUUUUUUUAAGAACCGUUUAGACUAACAGUAAACUAGGUCCCAUUUAAACAAAUAAUAAUUUCGCAGCCAACCAAGUUUUUUGAAUAGCUUGGAAGUGCAUACGGUCAUACCUUCUUAAAUUCUCUAAUAGUACCACUUCUCCUAAUAAUAUCGAUUUGGACAAAAGUCUUUGUUGGCAAAAGUGCCCAUUUUUUAAAAAGUUUUUGUGAUUUCCCUGUAACUAAGACUUUUUCAGCGAGGAUUAAGCAUAUGUGCGGGAUAAGAGAAAACUAUGGAGAACCAUUUACUAUAUUUUUAGAAGAAAAUAUUGUUUUGCAAUUUUUGGUUGGCUCUUCGUCGGCAGGUUGGCAUUCGCUGGAGUCGGUACUGUUAAAAUGUCUGCAUUGGUUCGUUGUUCUGCACAUCCGACACGUAAUCAGUUUGUAAUAGGAAAGCUCACCUAUAAAAAAGUUCAGCGCGGAGAGCAGUCAGGUAAUUAAAAAAUACUUAAAAUACUGGCAGGAGUGUUAGGACGCUGGUGAAUUCGUUAAACAACAGUUGGCAUUCACGUACCCCGCGCAUAUACUUAAUCCUUGUCGGUUUUUCUGACAGGUUUGCGGACAAGUAUUCCAGGUUUAUACCAACCGAAACAGUACUCUCAUUUGAUCAGGUCAUUUGUCAGACAUCUGUCCAGAGUCAAUCAGGACCACGUCCUCUAUGAAAAUCAAGGUCAAGUUGGAGUCCGGAGAAGCUCCUAGGUUUUUUUACUUACUAUAUAGUUUAGAAAAUACGGGUAGAACCACAUGAAUUCGCUCUCCUGCGACGACGUUACUGUUGUUCUUGUAGAAUCUUUUUUAAUUUAAAGUCAGAUAGAUUAUUUGGAAACAUUAGGAGAAUUUAUCAGGCAAAUUUUUGACGUUAGUUACGCAAAAAGUCUUUGGACGCCAUUUUAAUGCGUCCAAAACACUUAGUAUUCCAAACCUGCUUAAAAAUCGAUAAGCCCUCGGUCUUUGUGCCGGUAAGCGGUUUUCCUGUACGUCAUAAUAAAUCGGUUGGUUAGCGUCUCUUCUAUUUCUAAGUAGUUUGUUUUUCAAGACGUGAAACCUUUCUGCAGAAAGUCCAGCAUUGUUGCCUUGAUCCUGAAAAGCAGUCUUCCAAUUCUUCACGCGUAACAGGGGACCUUUUGCAGUGUCGAAGACCAACAGCGGUCAGAAAAGUCGGCAGCGAAUUUUUUCCGUUUCCUGUCUGCUUCAAAGGUCUAACAGAAUGAGAUUUCAGAGUUUUUAAGGGCUAUUUAGUGUUACGAUGAGAGCUUGUGCUGUUCUCCGUCAUUCACUUAUGCCCCCUUUUUACGAAAAAAAGAUUUAAAGCACUUUCACUCUGUUCUUUUUGAUGUCAAAACGAUUGAAGUCCUAGCCUUUGCGGUCUCCUUAACGACAAUUAUACCCUGACACAAAUCUUUUUAAACAGCAACCCAUAUGCAGACGUCUAGCCGAGCUAACAUCAUCCUCCUUGCGGCUGCCUGACAGCGGAUGACACAUUAAAUAAUUUGUCGAAGCCGGCGAAAGAUGCUUCAAGGAGCCCACAAAGUCUGGUUUGCUUGGCAACUGAAGCCAGAAGAAUGCAGUCAGAACAGUAUUUUAUGCCUUUGUGGUCCGUAAAUUAACCUUAUCAUAAACUGUUUGGGUUAAAUGAGCUUUCUAUUGGUAUUUUGCCGAUUCAAUACCCAAAAGACCGAUUGUCGCUGCCGAGAAUGUCCACCGUGUGCUCCACAUUAAGGUGAGAGCAGGGACGGUGACUUGUGCAAAAGUGUAGUUUAUAAUGAUAGUAGUCUUGCGAAGCAUCUACCGCACUCCCUCCACCUUCCCAAAUGGAACAGGUGUCAAGACAAAGUCAAGAAGACCGGAGGCGGGGAAGGGCGCAGGCGGUUGACACAGUCGAGCUCGCACCUUUCCACUCCAUUCCAUACCCCCUAGUUUACACAGCAAAUGACCAGGAUUUUAAGCAACAACAACAGUGGGGCGGCAGGGGUCCCAGUGUGCGCGACGUCUGCCAGCAACCGGGCCUGCCACCGCACCCCGAUAUGUUGGCAUUCGUUAUGGUGCUCAAAUCCGAUAACGCCUGCCAGAAUCCGAUGUUGCCCCCGUAUUGGUCCAGCGCAUCUACCACGUGGCCCGUUUGGAGGGCCCAAUCCAAUACUCGCGUAGUGUCUGACCGAAAUAACCACCUUAUGGGCAGCCAAAAAACUAUACAUGUUUUUCUCCCUGCCAAAGGUCGCCAACGUUGACUCAUUUUAUUGUGGACCUUUUUAGAGAACGAAACUCCAAAUCGCAACUGCGUUACAGUGAAAAGCGACUGCGGACAGGUCUCGGUAACCUAUAAUGCAGGUGAGUCCAUUGCAUAUUGGAUCGAUGGCUGGAUGAAUUAUUCAGUCCAUUUAAAGAUCCCUGUGUUCUACCGUCAAAAAGUAUUCGAAUGAAGACAACGGGGUUUGGAGGUGGUAUACUAGGGGUUGGUCUUAAAUUCUACCGAUAAAAAGCAUGCGAGUUGCAGGAGUGACAUCAGCUGAUUGAAACGCUGCCGCCUUUCCUUAAAGCUGGGAUUAAUUAACGCAAAAAAUGCACGCCUAACCGAUGCCAUUGUCAAAUGUGAAAUAUCGGACCGCCGUCUAGUUGCCAGUACUAAAGGUGCGUAUGUCGAGAGUUUGAAUUCAAAUUUUAUUAAGUUUUGAAAUUCGAUCUUAAAACAACGGGCACAUUUGCAAACGUGAGAAUAGUGAAAAGAGUCCACUCAACAAAGAUUAGUUGAUCUGCCGCGCUAACAGAUGUUCUCCAAAUCUACACACCGAGGCAAAAAGAAAGUGCAUUUUAUGUCCAUUAGUCAGGGUGGGACAAUAUGUGCCACUUUCAGCUCAAUGCGAGUAAUUGUGGACGCAGCCAGCAGGAGUUGAGCCUUGAGCAUGUGACCUAAAUGCCCCGUGGGCAGAGAACUCAUGACCGGACCUCAAGUCUUUGCUAUCUGUGGCCUGUUAAUGCCUGAGAGAUGACGAAACGUAGGCCAGGAAUGUCAUUUUCGCUCUUCCUUGCGCCCGUCUGCAGCCUCGUCUGGCUUAUCUCUACUUUCCAAGGCUACCCUACUUACUGCAGAUCAUUUUAAUGGCGCUAGGACGCACAUAAUGGCCGUACGCGGCGGUCGCGCCGUGAAAUCAGGGCUGUCAGGGCAGCAAGACCCCAGCCCCGGUUAAGGACACGCGGCUCUCCCCUUCUAACCUCCUCCUCCUACUCCUCCUGAUCUUCCUCCUCCUCUCGUAUCUUCCUCUUCUUUUCGUUUUUUUUUCUUCUUCUUCCCCCCCUCCUCCUCCUCCUCCUUAUUUUUCUUCCUCUCCUCCUCCUCCUCCUCCUCCUCCUCCUCCUCUUCCUCCUCCUCCUCCUCAUCAUCAUAUUAUCCUUCUUCCUCUUCCUCCUCCUCCUCCUUCUUCUUCUUCUUCUUCUUCUCCCCUCCGUCCUCGUCGUCGUCAUCGUCAUCCUCCUCCUCCUCCUCCUCCUCCUCCUCCUCCUCCUCUUCUUCUCCCUUCUCCUCUUCCUAUUCCCCCUCCCCUUCUCUAUUCCUCCUCCUCCUCUUCUUCUUCUUCUUCUUCUUCUUCUUCUCCUCCUUCUUUCCUCCUUUUCCCACGCUCCUUCUCAUCCUUCUUCUUCUUCUUUCUCCCCCUUCAUCAUUUUCCUCGUAUUUUUCUUCUUCUUUUUUUCUUCUUACUUUUCUUCAUCUUCUUCUUUUUCCCUCUCUUCUCCCCCUUCUCAUCCUCCUCCUCCUCCUCCUCCUCCUCAUCCUCCUCCUUACUGUCGCCCCCACUGUCUGGCUACAAAAUGUUGUUCAUGCGUUACUGUCUCUUCAUUAAGAGCAAGCAGUUAAAACAAGUGAAAAGGACUGGUUUUUUGCUGUCUUGCCUUGCAGGGGCCGUUCAAGAUACGGGAGUCCUGCAGGCGCCCGCCCAGCCAGUCCUGCCUACCGUGACAUGCACACCAAUCUGUGCGACGCCCAUGGUCUGCGCACCCGUUUGCUAUUACGUAAGCGAUUCUUAUAAAACAAAUGCUUAGACUGUGUGGGUAAUGGCUAAUCAACUAAUCUACAUUAGCUGGGCCAGCACAUGAAAUGUCGACCGAAAUUCCGAAGUAGGUUUUCGUUUCAACAAGAUUACUUAAGUAGGGUUGUAAAACUAAUCAUCAUGCAACAUAAUUUUAUACUGAUUCAGUUACCGCAAGAUGUCGGCUUUUGAACGAACUUCUUUGCGACUGCAUAGAAAAACGAUACUCUGUAAAAAUGACUACUUAGUAAGCAUGCAUUUUUCUCAUCGAUUUUCUAGACCCCUAUAAAUUCAAUCACACUUAAUGGAAGACAUGCCUAAAAAUAUUCAUUCUGUCGCUUAUUCGGCAGGAAAUUACGUCUGAUUUCAAUUUUUUACUCGGCUUUAUAAAAGUUUAGAAUUUUGAGAUUUUUUAAUAGCGUGAAAUGACUGUUCAUAAAACGGCAUGUCUCUGCAUUUACCAAUGUGGCUUGUAAAGUUAACAAUAUAGUUCAAAUCCACUGCUAGAUAUUUUGAACCCCAUAUGGUCUCCUUUUAAUACCUUAGAGAAAUGUAUGGCUUUCUUUAUGCGGAAAAUACACAGCUAGUACUUUAGAAACCCUGAAUGCAAGUGUAACGGCAGGUGGGGUUAAAAAUUAUUCGGGAAUUGGAAAAGCUUCUGAAAACCGAAUUGUGCCCUUCCUUCGAUUGUAAAAUUAAAAGCAGACGUAAUUUUCUGCCGAAUGAGAUAAAGGAUAAAUAUUUUUAGGCAUGUCUUCCAUGAAAGGUGAUUGACUUUAUAGGGGCAUAGAAAAUCUAUGAGAAAAAUGCAUGCUUAUUAAGUAGUCAUUUUUACAGAAUAUGGUUUUUCUAUGCAAUCGCAAGGGAGUUCGUUCAAAAGGCGGCAUCCUGAGGUAACUGAAUCAGUAUAAAAUUAUGUUGUAUAAUAAUUAGUUUUACAACCCUACUUAAGUAGUAUUUUAGAACGAAAACCCACUUCGGAAUUUCGAUUGACAUUUCAUGAGUUAGCGUACCCACUGUAAUAACUCUCCCCAUCGGGCAGAUCUGCGUAUACUACUCUACGGCCAAGUGGAGAAAUGAUCUAAUUCUCUUCUCGUAGAGGGGGUGUGGUGGGAUCAAGCCAUCUGUAAGCAGUUACCGAGUAACAUCCAAUCAGCGCCUGAGUUAGAAUUCGCUGUAACUGCUGCUGAAACAUAAUUACAUUAAAUUGCUGAAAAUCAAUUUAAACUAUGGCCCCUCUCUCUCUGUGUGUGUGUUUGUGUGUAUUUUAACCUCCCUUGUGUGAGCCCACACAAGUUGGCUAUCAGAGACACGCUGUCAUAGAGGCAUGACGAAACAGUUGCCGGGUCGAGCAAAUUAAAUCAACCCAGCGUGGGCUCGCGUUUGUUUGUAUGAUUAAACGCCGGAUGCAACCGUGUGACUCAGGGACGUCCUUGCCUGCACCCUGCGCACCACAGCUCCCAGCAUGACGCUUUAAGUGCCGACUCACACUGGUGGGAACGCUACCAGAUCCGCCUUGGAAGAAUAAGGGCGGUUUCUGAGUGGUGCGUGGGGUUCGUCCGGGCUUUAGGCACAGCCCUGUUAUUCGCAUCACAGCCAAAGGCAACUGCGCAGGCUUUUAACUUCCCCCCCCCCACCCUCCUAAGAAUUCCGUGAAAUUCAUGCAACAAUGUCAUCAAACGAUUUCUAGACAAGCGCAACCAAUAGGAGAAGUGUCUCGACACUUACGGCUCAUGCUUCAUUCGCAGAAAUGCCAUGUCGCUUAAGCCAGUUUUUAAGGAAAUGAGGCUCUUACCCUUGAGCAUCCUAGUCAUAUCGAAAAACAGCAGUAGAAUCGGCUGUUACAAGAGUAAAUCUGGAAAUUUAAAAGUUAGCGGUAAGUGAGAGCCAGGAACAAACUGCCGCCUCCAAGACAAUCGUGAUUAUAUGUACAGUAUUUUUUUGGCAAAAGAGAGUGUAGUUCGAACUUAAAGAAUUCAAGAGUUCCGCAAAGAACCACCGCAUCAGGGAGUCCGUUCCAUGCACAUCUCUGAAACCCUAAGUGACAGUUCUACCGUCGAUUCCGACGAUGUCCACCGUGUGCUACACAGCUAGGUACAGGAGGCACCGUGACUUGCGCGUGGAUUAGUUUAUAAUGAUAGUGGACUUGCACAGCAUCUACCGCACUCUCUCUUCCCACUCUCUACCUUGACCCGGUGUCAAGGCAAAGUCAAGAACACCAGAGGCGGGAGGAAAACGCAGAUGGUCAGUACGGCCGGACCCCCACCUAUGCGUGCCACCACGCCAUACACUUGACCGGGAUUUUUCACCAAAAACAACAAAACCUCAACAGGACGAGAAUGACUUGUCAGCCAUGCCCACCAGCGGGAGCGAAGGCGCAUCCAUCGGCAGGAAACCAGGUGUCAGGGGACUGCCAGCGCAUACCAGGCUGCGAGGGCCUGAAACCGAAACCGGAAGACAGCUCCGAACGAGAAUGGCCGAACACGCGGCAGCGGUGCGCAGAAAUGACGCCAGCUCUCGAGUUGCAGCUCAUCCGACGAGAUCCGGCCACACAUUCAAAUUUGACGAGGCCGAAAUUCUCGCAAGAGGUGACAACCGAGUGAGCCAAGAGCUACUGGAAUCAUGGUUUACUGGCCCCCAGUCCAUCAACAAGUGCAACGAUCUUCCCAUUCAAUACAGCGUGCUGAGACUUCGUCUAGGCGGAGUAAUUGGCCACGCGGGGAACGCACUGGUGAACACUCCUCCCAACACCCGGGUCAGCGCGUCAGAUGGUCGAGCAAUCAUCACGCCAACAUCCAACGCACGUGAUGAAAUUGCAGCAAUUAUCGACUCGAAUGUCGGCCAUCAAGCAAAGAUCACACCAAGUGUGACAAUCCCGGAUGAAGGGGAAAGCCGUGAACGUUCAUAGGUAUGCGGUAGCAUGGCUGCUGCAUCCUAUAAAUACCGCAGCCCCUUGUGGAACAACCACCCGUUUCUGCUCUUUUGUCUCUGAUGAUGGAGUCGAGUAGGAAUCCGAAACGUCAGGCUAAUAAAUCGCUUGUCCCGGCGAUCGUGUCUCCUUCUUCAGGGCUAUAGUUUGCUGAUGCUGGCGUAUCACACGCUUGCAUACCCUAAGUAACGUACAGGGUUCAUAUCAACUUCCUUAUCUUGUCGACUCGUGAAGUAGUUUAUUUUGAGUAAAGUUGGCUACUUCAAUCAAAGGGACCGUGAAAAAUGUCACUUUGUUUUCCCCACUACUGAAACCGCUCUGUACUCCUGGUUUUUUUUCCAAAAAGUAGUAUUCAUCAUCGGUCGUAUGGCCGUGGUGAGCAGAGAUCCAUCCGUUUGGCACUCAACUUCAAGGAAAAAGGAGGCUUCUCAUUUCUGUCUCAAAUUCAGAAUAGAUCGGCGUCCGUCACUUCAUGUGCUGUUGCAAGUUCUUUCAUGCACAAGUACUCAGCUACGUCAGCCCAUGCUGGUUGAGAUGAUAGUAGCAAAGUCAAAGACAGCCGUUCUGUAGUACUCUCGUUGCCGAUAGAACUUUUCCAUGUACGUAUGCAUGCAGUUGAAGGGUUUUGGAGAGAGCCCUUGAUGAUUCUUUUACUGUGCAGUGAAUGUUAACAUAUUUUCAGUCAAUGUAAAAUAGCGGACAUGAAAAACUGUUUAAAAGAAGGCGAAGGAGCGAUCACUGGGACAGUAGGUUUAUUUGCCUGAGUUCAUCAUCAGAGGCUAUUCGAGGGCAGCAAAUUGUGCACAUUUAUAUCGUUCAUCCUUGCGGGGGGGGGGGGAGUACGUCCGUGGCUAGGUAGGGUUUGUGCCGCCUGGUCCACGAUGGUCCCCCGGCGUGGUGACGCCGUAUGUACUUCGCGACGAUGUGGGCUGCGCCACCUGGCUGUGUGGGCGGAGCGCCUGAUAACGCGCAGGCAAAUCGAUGCGUCUAUUUUUAGAUUUGGUGUCCGACACCCACGCCUCCAACAGCUCUCGUCCUGUCUUGUUGCCGGCUCGCGCCAAUAUCCGCGUGUUGGCGAAGUCGAACUCAUGCCCUUCCUCGAGCGUGUGAGUGGCUACUUGAGACAGUGGGUCGCCUCUCCGAACGGCCCGUUUGUGCUCAAGUAUUCGUGAGCUCAGACGUCGUCCUGUCUGGCCUGUGUAGUGGCAAGGACAGUUUUGGCACGGGAUUCGAUAGACUACGCCCGACUGUUCACCUGCGUCCAGCCGAUCCUUCAUUUUCAUGAUCCUGCUACGCAUGGUGGCCGCCGGAUGAUGGGCGAUGCCCACGCCUAGCUCUGACGCGAUGCGUUCUGUAGCCUCGGACACAUUCUUUAUGUACCGUAGAAAGUGCCAAAUUGUUGGUGUCUGUCUUCCGUUUGUCCGGCGUGGGUGUGCGCGUAUGCAACGGCUGAUAUAACUAUUUGGAUAGCCGUUCUUUGUUAAUUUGUCCCGGAGAUGCCGUAGUUCUUGCACCCUUCCUUCGGGCUCGCUACAGUGCGUUUUUACCCGGUCGAAAAGCGCCCUCACACAGCCCCGUUUGUGCACCAAUGGGUGGUUGCUAUGAUAGUUGAGGACCUGGUCGAGUCAAAAAUACGACACAAGUAAAGGCUAUAAUUGUCUUUUUUAAUGCGAAUCUAUACAGAAGAAGAUUGAUCACGAAGUGCUCUACAAGGCUGGUUGUAAGUACUCAUGCUGUGGAAGGCGAUUUUUACCAACACCUCUGUACUCAGGUUUUCAUUUAAAUUCAAAAGUAACGCCAGCCGUCACCAUCUCGCCUAAUACUGAGUUCCAUAGUAGGACUACUAGUUGAUUGAAGAAAUUUUUCGUGAGGCCUAAUUGCAUGCGCCGGCUUCCGGUCGUGCACGAACGACUGCCUAGGCGGGUUUCGAAUGCAAACUCGGAGAAAUCCUCCUGUGUCGACGGGCGAACUUGGCCGUUUAUCGCACAAUUCAGGAACAUAAAACAAAUUCUCUGGGAAAAUCGCUUUAUGAUGGAUCCGAGAAGUGAUGUGAAAAUUUGGGCCGAAAUCCGCUAGCCAGAAACUGAUACCGCACAACUGAUAGGUGCGGGUUAUAUAUUUAACUGUCAAAUUGGUUUAGCUGCAUAUUUAAAUAAUAUAUUAUAAGGUGAAUAAUUUUAGAAAUUAAUCAGUACAGGACUUGGAGAUAAAUCUCCGGGACAUGACUUUUUAGGGUCAGAACCGAAGUUUGGGCUUUUAGCAAAUAUCUAGGUCGGGAUAAGGGUAUAAUACAUUCACCAUAUGGAAUUCAUACUAGUCGUAGUACUGCUUGUUUGUUGAAUGGGCAUUACGUGGUUAUUCCACAGUAGUUGAUUGUCUUCGACUCAAAUGUUCAUUGAAAUUUCGGUUCUGACCCUGAAAAGUCAUGUCCCGAUGAUUUAACUCCAAGUCCUGCACUGAUUACUUUCCGAAAUUAUUCACCUGAUUAUUCCCUGGAGUUCAUAUACCAGAAACCGCUAGAGAACGCUGGGGGUCCCACUGAAGAGCCGAACACCUUGCAGCUAUGUGUCACGCAGCGGCAGAAUAUCGGCGAAACACGUGUCUGGGCUUUUAGCAAGUAUCUACGUCGGGAGUACGGUAUAAUACCUUUACCAUAAUAUAUUAUGUACAUAAUGUACAGUGAGUGACCGAUCUCAUGAAAUGUUGACCGAAAUUCUGAAGUACGUUUUUGAAAGGUCUUCCAACCGUCCCCGUGUGUUUUCUGGUAUAUGAACUCCAGUUUCAGCUUGUUUUGUCCAGUUUACGAGGAAAUUUCUGCGCAAACUUGGAGAAAAUCUUUUGGAACCUUCGUAGUUCCGUUUUCGGCAAAGCCUGGUUUUGUGAUUAGUGGUUGGGUUUUCUGACGCAUCGUUUUCACCCAAACUAUUAGUCUGAGAUUCAAAAUAAUGGACACUGCUAAUCUGCUUUUUUGUUAUCAUGCCUGCAAAAUGUCUGCGUGUCUUCUGAAAUCCCUGGUGGUGGUGUGCCCACGCGGACUGUUUCGACGGACGAACUUGGCCUUGGGCAGUCCGAAAUGUUCGAAGAAUGCUGUGCCCUAAGUGCCUGUGGGAAACAGGGGUCACGGUCAUUCAACCCGUUCUGGUACGAUAAAUCCGGUAUGACCAUCUGCAUUGCCCUGCGUGACAACUGUCUGUGGAGGUCAGUACCUUCCAUCAUCCACGGCAUCCAGGUUGGUACUUCGUAAUCCCAAUGGGUCCUCACGAAGACGCCGGAGAUUACCCCGAAAAGUUCAGAAGGAGGGGCCUCCUAGCUCAGUGCAACGUUCUAGUUGCCUUCUGGAUACCAUCUUCUUAGUGUUCACAUGGCACUAGAUUCGCGAUUGUACACAUGUCCAUAUCGUCCACAUGCUUUCCUGCAGCUCUUAAUGGAGUGCUCUAAAUAAGUUACUGAUGUUUAAUCGUGCAAUUAUUUACCGUACUAACAACAUAGGUAAUAGCUAAAAGCCCAGGCAGUCGUGUUUCGCCGAUCUUGUGCCGCUGCCUGAUGCAGCUGCGAGGGGUUCGGCUCAUCAGUGGGUCCCCCAGCAUUCCCCGUGUGUUUUAUGGCAUAUGAAUUCCAGUCUAAACUUGUCGUGUGUAAUUUCCGAGGAAAUUAAUACGCAAACUUCGAGUUAAUCUUUCGGAACAGGCCUUUUCAGGCUCGGUUCGAGAUUUGAUAUGAAUAUCUGAGCUUAAAUCCAUCAGCUGGUGUUUAAGAGACACUUUUCGGCAGGUGUUCAGGUGUGGUAUCAUGCGUUCGGAUACGGUUAAUUUCAGGAGUCACCUGUUCGACCAACAGCUCAUAUCGUCACUGUGGCUUGCUAAUGUUUCGCGAAGUCAGCACUGCUGACGUCAGUCCAUAUUUUGAUAUCGUCGGCGAACAUGACAGCUAAAAAAGAGGGUGCGAUCACUGAAAAAAGAAGUUUGUUGGCCUGAUGUUUCGAAUUCUCACUUUUAUCCCUUCAUCAGAGACAGUCAGAGGUGGGACCGAGUGAGAAUCCAAAACGUUAGGCCAGUAAAUACUUUGCUCCAGUGAUCGCAUCAUCACUUCUUCUUCUUCUUCCUCUUCUUCUUUCUCACCUAAAAUGCUUCCUAGAACUCGCCUAUUUGCUUCUUUGACUCACGAUCCAGUUUCCUGGUGCAGUCAUUUACAUCAGUCAGGAGAAGUAGGUGGCCUAGAUCAGAACCCUGUGGGACACCACUUUUAAUUCUUACUCAUUCGGAGGUAGAAUUGCCAACAAGAAGUCUUUGUCCUCUAGACGAUAGGUGGCGUUUGGUUCAUUGAAGCAUCCUGUUUCGAAUCCCUAUUUUUAAAGUCUUCUGUAAAAGAAGUCAGUGCGGCAAGCCUUCGAUUGCAGCCAAGAAACCGUUUCUGAAUCUUUCAACUGGCCUGACCCCCCAAACAGAACAUGAGAAAGGAACCGCCUGCAAUACGAGUGGCUUUGAGCCAACUACCAAUAAAAUUGGGUCUAGGUUUGAUGUCUGGGUCGGGUUUAAGUUGGCGGCAAAGUACGUCAGGAUCAAGUCUUGGGUCAUGGUAGGGAUUAGUGUCAACUUCAGGAUUAGGGUUUAGUGUACCGUAGGUGGGUUAACUCAUGAAAUGUCAAGCGAAAUCCUGAAAUGCGUUUUCGUUUCGAAAAGAUUAAUUAAUGAGGGUUGCAAAACUAAUCAUUGUUCGGCUUAAUUUUAUAAUGAUCCAGUUACCUCAGGAUGUCGGCUUUUGAAUGGAAUUAUUUCCUACUAAUUGCAAGAACUAUCCUCUGCAAAAAAUGACUGCUUAAAUAGCAUGCAAUUUCGUCAUUGAUUUUCGAUGCCCUUGAAAAUUCAAUUAUAUUUCAUGGGAAAAGUGCAUAAAAUAUUCAUUUUCUCACUUAUUCGGUAGAAAAUCACGUCUUACCCUAAUUGUGUACUCGAAAGAAGGGUAUAAUUCGGGUUUAAAAACGUUUACCAAUUCCCGAAUAAUUUUGAACCCGACCUGUCGUUACACUUGCAUCCAGGGUUUCCGAACUACGAGCCAUAAAACUUCGGCGUAAGGAAAACCAUAUGUUUCUCUACGGUAUUAAGAGGAGACUCUAUGGGGUUUAUUAAAUUUAGCAGUGAAUCUGAUCCAUACUGUUAACUGUGCAAGACACAUUGGUUAGUGCAGAGACAUGACGGUUUAUGAACGACCAUUUAACGUUAUUAAGAAAUCUCACAAUAAGAAAACUUUUAAAACCUAAUUAUACUCUUCCUUUGAGUAGAAAAUUGGAUUAAGUCGUGAUUUUUGAUUGAACAAGUGAAGAAUUGAAUAAUUUUAUUCUUUUUUCCAGGAAAAAUAUAAUUGCAUUUUCAAGGGCAUCUAAAAUCACUAAGAAAAUUGUAUGCUAAUUAAGCAGUAAUUUUUUGCCGAGUAUAGUUCUUGCAUUUAGUCGGAAAUAGGUUCGAUCGAAGGCCGACACCCUGAAGUAACUGUGUUAUUAUACAAUUAUGCCUCACGAUAAUUAGGCUUACAACCGCACUUAAUUAGUGUUUUUUAAACGAGAACGCAUUUCGAAAUUGCGGUUGACAUUUCAUGAGGUAUUUCACCUAAUGUAUGGCUAGGGUCAAGAUUAAGUCAACGGUUUGGUUUUAUAUUAGGGCUAUUGUUCCGGUGUGGGUACGGGAGUAUUUUGCGCUUUCCGGGACUAUUCACGGGUUCACCUAUAUUACUUGGACGGGGUGUUGACAUUCUUAUGUCCUGUUUAGGGAGCCACAUACGUGAGUCAUGUCGAAGAGACACCAACUGAUGCGGAUUAAAUGACGUCGAUUUGCUCUGAUUUUGUGAGUCACUCGACGUCAAAUUGCGUGUACCGGAAAUUUAGGAAAAUAAGUUUUUUCCCCCUUUUACUAUGAAGCUUUUUGCAGAUUCCGGGUCUGUACACGCUGUUAGGGUGCAAAAGGUAGUGGUAGUAUAGUCAGUUUGGUCUUUUUGUUGAACUACACUUGUCGAAUACCUCCAAGAAGUAAUAUUCCUUAAAUUUGUUUCGUUUUAGCACGAUUUCGUAGUCAAGUAGUGCUGUCGAUAUUAAAAUGGCCAUUCCGAGCUCACUACACGUCACUGAAAAGUAACAAUCUUAUUUCCUGUAUUUUUCUCAGUCAAGUCUGUGAGUCCUUGAAUGCUUUGGAACGGGCGUUCCAUAAGUUUGGCUCUUUUUGGAUAAAAGAAAACGGAAUCACCGGAUGACAGUUAUUUUCCCAUCUAUCCUAGGAAGUACCGCAACAACCGAUGAUACCAAUGAUGACGCCACUACCACCACCACCGCCACCUCUACCACCGAUGUCGCCUUCGCCCUCACCACCGCCCUUCUACCGAUCCGAACAGAGGCGCAGAUCUAGGCGGGCACGUUCCCCAUCCAAACGCCGGCGGUGUAAGUUGACCAUCGGUCUCUGCACGAGUCAUUUUGCUGUCCUAUUGUCCUAAAUUGACCUUGAAGCUUCAGCAUUUCCCAGUUGUCUUCCAAAUCUCCUCCCUCCACGAGUUGCUCGAUAAGCGAACACUUAGUUUAAAUAAACAAAUCCAGAACUUUGCGUGGAUGUCGGGAAUGAAAAGACCCUACUCCCACCAUCCUGAAGGUACGCUCUUCUCAGCCUUAAACACAGGUAACAGGUAGUAUAGGGCACCGAUUACUCACCGAUGUGUGCAGUCCAGUCGAUCAACCAAUGACCGCACGGGAAUCGUCUGCCGGUGCAAACGGCAAGAGAUCAUGGCAACUAAUAGCCAAUCACACUUUAGGUCUGCAGAAGACGCGGCAGUCGACUUAAGAUUGCGAUCUCGCUGCCAAUAGGGCUGAUUAUGCCCGAUGCGGAUGCUUAUGAGAGGAAACUUGGGAACCUGGGGCCUCACGAUCGAAAUGACCUCCGUAAUCAUAACUGACAAAGACAAGGGUGGCCGCGGUUGCCGCUUCGAGCAUACUUGUUAUCAUCAGUCGGUCAUAGCCAACAGCAGGCCGGGGAGACCGAUGAUUUUAGCCCAAUCUUAGUUGUUUGUGGAGUAGCCGACUGGAAACGACAGAUAUGACACAAACGAGAAACCUAAGUCCCCGCGUGUCCUUGUUGUGGUGCUCCUUAAUGAGUACGCUUUGUGAAGCAAGUAUUUCCUUGAUUUACGCGAUUAUAUGAAAUUACUCUCCGGUGAAGAAAAGUUAUUGCCAGAAUACAGUGAUACCUCCUUGAUCGCUGAAGUUGCGUUAAAGGCUUCUCCCCUUGAAAAGUGAAAACUCACGAAGCAUAGAAUCAUGUAUUUUGGGGUUAUUAUUAUAAUAUAUUUUAAACCAUUAUAAGCCCGCAAACAUCCCCAGUGUGUGAGAAAUGUUGCGAAAAAGUAACUUAAUGCAGCAUACUCUACAACGUUAAACCCGAUUUAUUCUCUUGGAUAUUAGACCAGGUUUGCUGACAGUAUGUAUGCAACCACACUGUUUAUCUAACACGCACAAAUGUAAGUGUCGUCUAUCUUUGUGGAGCCUCAUUUAAUACAUAAUGUGGUUCUAAGCAUAUUGCAAUAGCACAUAUUUUAGCAGAAAUAUGGCCUUUAGCGUUCCGUGAAUGAAGUCAACUGGUAAAUUACCUGAGGACUCAUGUACCAGAAAUGAAACCGCUCAAUGUCCACCGAAAUCCGUGACCUAGCGAAGAAUCCGCGAAAGUCAAAGCGUGAUCUUGCGAGGAAUUGCUUUAUUGCAGUCUCCGCUUCUGGCCGCUAGUUUAAGCCCACAUCCCAAACUGCGUUUAUUCCAUUUUCCUCACGGAGCGUUUGCCGUGAUCAGUAUGUUCCUCCUCCUCCUCCUCCUCCUCCUCCUCCUCCUCAUCCUCCUCCCCCUCCCUCUCCGCCUCCCCCUCCUCCUCCUCCUCAUUCAUGGGCGACAUUCGCCGUACUGUGCCCCAAAUAGCAGAGGAAGACAGAUUAGUAAACAUAAGAGCAUGAUAAGGCGUUUUUGAAUUCAUUUGUUUUCCACCGAAGUUAAUUUCGAACGCGGUGAAUCCGUCAAACUAGAUGAGCGCAGUUACCACAUUCCGUACAGAAAGUAUAAAAUGAUUCGUGAGGGCAGUCGCACAUUGUCCAGCUGAACGUUUACUUAACUUUGAACGGAACCCAUUUCGGACACGCCGUCCUCUCAAAUGGACUGCCUUGGGGGUUCCCGCUGUGUGCCCCGGGUACCUUUCUACCUCAAAUGCACAAGAAUGGAACUUUUAAUCGGUUUUUUCUCAUCUCACAAGUCGCUCGGACAAAUGUUUGGACACGACACCCUACUCCGUGGCGAUGCGCAAAAUUUCAGGAAGGGCAAGUACCCUCGCUCUCUAACCCUAAGCCUAACCCAGCCCCCACACCAACCAAAUUUCCCCUGAAAAUUAGCGCAAGACCCCCAUAGUAGGGUGGGUUCCUAUUUCCAUGUCUUGUUCAAAUAUUUCCCCCUACUUUUUAUAAGCGUCAACACGCUUUUCAAACUUAUUUCACCCGACAAGAACUAUUAAUCGAGAGCAUAGUCUUGGAUAACAGCUCCUAUUGUUACUGAAGUAGUGCAGCAAAGUUAUAUAUAUACAGGGCAACGAGCUCGUGGCUCAGUGGUUAGAGGCGUGGACUUCUAACAAACAGGUCGCGAGUUCGUGCCUCGGGUGUGCCGCAUUCUGAGUUGGGUAUGGCUGGCUGACGACGGCUAGUAAGCCAGAAAUGGCCAUUUCAGUCUCCCUUGUCUUCGUCGGUCAUUUAUAUAUAUAUAAAUAUCGCGGGCAGGGUAUUAACCGAUCAGGUUACAGGACUUGUUCGUUUCAUUCUGCCUUAGAGAUCAGUCUAGAUCCUUCGCAGUCAGUCGCACAGCGACCCGUAGAAUAUGCAAAAGGAGACCACUGACACAGACAAGGGAGCCUGGGACGGUCAUUUCUGGCCUAUUAGCCAGCCAUUCACAAUCCCAGGUCUGCAGAGCCGAUCGGACACAGGACUGUGAUUGUUGGCAGUAACUGCCGCACCAAAAAUAACUUCAAUUACUGAGCUGAUGUUAAAGGCGCAGUUGUUUGACGUUUGAUAUUUUCAGCUAAAUCGCGAAAGAGGGAAUCGGCGUAUUCACUAUCAUUGGCUCUCCACGGGGAACCAGGCACAGCCGUCUCCACGCAGACGGAAACGCCAUAUGGUGAGUCUACUGUUAACUCCCCUCUAUUGUGCUUCAUAAAACUGAUUAAAGUACAAUCUCAUUUAGGACUUUUUUAACAAGUCUCCAGGGAACACACGCGGGUCUAAGAAUUUAACGAAAAAAACAUGAAAUGUCUGAGCACAUUCUAUUUGCAGAUACUCCACUAGGCUUGCAUCCUCGCAGGUUACUCUCGUUGGACGACGAGAAGGAGCAAAAUGUUAACUGCCGAGUCCAAACUCAAUCGGCAGCGUAACGGUUUUUUUGAGAAUUCCUUGAAAGAUUUAAGAAUUGAUCCUGCGACCAUGUGCGCAGAAAGUUGCAUACCAGAGAGCCUCCAUAAAACUGACUUCUCCCCCUUCGGCCGCCUAAUGAUGUGCGAACUGCAGUGCCGACUCGGCAUAUGCAUGUUAUAAAUUCUACUUUUGGAAGCCAUCUUCGUAGAGCCGAAUAAAAUGUAUUGACUAAAACAACGCCGUCAUGAAAUUCAUCGAUGAUCGCUACCGAUCCCUCCUUCUAAAUGGGGUUAGACUUACCACAGAGUUAUCGAUUUUGAUUUCAAGUAAUGCAUCAUUUUUUUAAAAUCAGCAUUUAUACACGCUUUUACUAUUGCGGCCUUUUAAAUUUUCCCAGAAAUUAACUGAUAUCUUGAGACUUAUAUGCUUAGACUGGAAGUUGGUAUGGACAUUCGGGCCGAAGUCCAUCGACCACGGUGGAAUGAUAGAGUAAUAUUUAUAACCCGCCAACAGGCAGCCAUUAUUAAAUGCAUACGUAGCAAAAUAUACUAUACUUGACUAGCUAAAAGGACAGGCACGUGCGUUUGGCUGAUAUUCUGUCAGUGCAAGGCACUACUGCGAGGGGUUCGGCUCCUCAAUACAGUAAGUGAGCUAACUGAUGAAAUGUCAACCGAACUUCCGAAGUGCAUUUUCGGUUCAGAAAGAUUACUUAAGCAGGGUUGUAAUACUCAUCAUCUUGCGGCGUCAUUCUGUAAUUAUUCGGUUACCUCAGGAUGCGGGCUUUCGAACAAACUUCUUUCUGACCGCCUGCAAAAACUUUACUCUGCAAAAAAUGACUACGUAAGAAGCAUGCAUUUUUCUCUUUGUUUUUCGAUGUGCCUAUAAAUUCAAUUAUUUUUCAUGGAAAAUAUGCCUUAAAGUAUUCAUUUUUCCGUUCAUACGGUGGAAAAUAACGUCAAAUUCCAAAUUUAAACUCAAAGAAUGUGAAUAAUUCGGUUUUCAAAAACGUUUCCAGUUCCCGAAUAAUUUCGAACCCGACCUGCUGUUACAUCUGUAUUCAGGGUUUCAAAACUACAAGCAGUAUAUUUUCCGCGUAUGAUGAACCAUACACUUCUGUACGGUAUUAAGAGGAGACCAUAUAGGGUUCAAACAUUUAGCAGUGAAUUUGAGCCACAUUGUUACCUUCACAAGCCACACUGGUAAAUGCAGAGACAGCCCGUUUUAUGAAGGACCAUUUCACGGUAUUAGAAAAUCCCACAAUUAGAAUCUGUUUUAAAACCGAAUUAUGCCCUUUCUUCGAGCGUAAAAUUAAAAGAAGACGUAAUAUUCUACUGAAUGAAUUCUACUGAAUUGAAUCUUCAAGGGCACCGAAAAUCAGUGAAAAAAUGCAUGCUACUUAAUUAGUCAUUUUUUAAUCAAGUAUGGUUUUUGCAUGCAGCCGAAAACAAGUUUUUUUCGAAAGCCGGCAUCCUAGGGUCAUUUAAUUAUUAUAGAAUAAUGCUACAGAAUGAUUACUUUUACAACCCUGCAUAAUAAAUAUUCUCGAAACGGAAACGCGUUUCGGAAUUUCUGUUGAGAUUUCACGACCUAGUCCACCUACUGUAGGUCGGCCUAAAAUCUCAGUCGAAGCCCACAAGACUCACAUAUACCGACCUACUCCAAGUCAACGGAAAUUAAAAAGCCGCGAUUUCAAAACUGGAGUUUUUAGCAGAAAAGCACACGAGGAACCCCGUGGGACCCACUGAUGAUCAGCAGAAUGCUGGCGAAGCACGUGUCUGGGCUUUCAGCCAGCGCCUGGACUGUCAAGUAUGGCACAUCAUGCUACCUGGGCGUUGCUACGGUUUUUUGUAAAUGCACAUUCCUGCGUGAGUACUGAGGCUGACGGCGUGUUAUUACUGGUCAACUUUGUCAUUGUUAAAAGUGUAUGAAUUCAGUAACCUAUUACCUUGGGGUGAACUCCACUCGAGUUAGGUUUUUAAAAAAAUUUACAAUCAGGGCAAUACACAGUACUUUUUCUGAUUUAUCUUCCUUGCUUUGAGCAUGCAGACAAGUAAUGACGCCUGAAGGAGGCGGAUGCUUCAGAAUUACGUUCCUGAUGUGCAGUAGGCGGUGUUUGCGCCGCAGGUGGUGAUGAUGGCUUCGUCAUUUCACGAUAAUCCUGAUCAGCUGUUGUCGAGAUCUUGAUCAAGCCCAGUGUGAGAAAUGAUGCAGUCGCGACUCGUGUGACUGUCACGCCGAGCUGUCGGACUAACUGGAGACUAAAGGCACCGCAAUGAAUCGGUAAAGACUGAAUUCUCGAAUGGAAUGUCGAACAUUAUCCGGAGAACGGCUAUCACCAUAUGUGACGUAACUCAUCAGAUGUAUUAGCCUCUGUUUUUGCAUUCUCCAGUAUGCAGUUAAUUAAGUUAAAGAGGAUUUGGUCAGACUUCGCCGGCAGCGACGUCAGAGGAAUAAAAAUUUUCCUCAGGUGACAAGCCGAAAGGCUGAGUAGUGAGUAAUAAAUCCGAAAAAGAUUAGCCGAUGUCAUCGUAAACAUGUACCCCUUGAGGGAAGCUUUUUAUCCCUAAAAUUACUGUGUAGUUCUUCAUGACGACAGAAUCCGCUAAGUUCCUGGGUGACACUGGAAUUUCGGCGAAUACUUUCCACCGUUCUUAAGCAAAUGCCUAAAGUAGUAGGUUUUAUAGUUUGUAAAAUUCUGCACAGAGUGAAUGCAGAAUAAAUUGGAGCAGCCGGAGGCGAACAAUAUUCCACCGCUUUUAGAACAGGCGUCAGAGAGCUUUAAGAAAAGGCGUCUUCGUACACCUUGAAGCUGAUUGGCCGAUUUGGAUUGCAGUGGCGUCGGGAGGCGAGAGGCGCAGUUUUGCAGCGGGCGUCCGGAGUAGGGUUUCUGCACACAUAACCCUUUCUCAACCGACCCGUAGAGGCCUCAAACUGCCUCUGGGGAGACAUACUUUACGCAGGUCAUGUCAGCAGGUUUUUUUUAAAUGGAUCCACCCUUUACUUAUUUACCCUUCAGAUGACUGCCUCCUAAUAUAAAAACUGAAAUGUCUUCUUUCUUUUUUCCUGCUAAUCGAGCCACAACAUUGUCUGACAAGGUUUCAACCAUUUAUGAAAAACCAAAUAGGGUUUCAGGUCAAUUGCCCGGUUUAAUCAUAGUGGAAACUGCACUUUUCUCUUUGUUGGCGCAUGGUGAGGUGCUAGGUUUUGUCGAAUAAAGGCGAAUAUGCGAUUCUCGAGGUUUUAAUAAAAAAAAGAACAUAUAAUCACCGGAAUGGCAAUUGCGCCGCUCUAAGCUUGUGGACGCAUCCGGGCGGCCAGGGACACGUUGACAGUUUUUUCGUCUAACGAAGAGGGCGUGACCUUGACGAUGGCUGGCGCCACGCUGUCUGAUUGGGCGCGACAUCCGCGCGCGACCUUGACCGGGCACAGUGUCACUCUGCCCGUCCGCGUGAGUGUUACAUUUCUUGUCUUUCCCCCCCCCUCUCCGUGGCCUGCAACACCGCAGAUUUUGUUUUCCCCAUUUUGGCUAUGUACCUACACAUCUGGUAAUCGAGAGUCUCCCCUCCCCGGUCUUGAAUGCAUUUUUUUUCAGUCAAAAUAUCUGUUUACUUUGUUGCCCCACUGAUUAGAACCACCGAAUCUGAAUCGACGUCCACCGUCUAUUUCGCCCAAACCUUCUGUCUCGCCAAAACGGCCGACUGAAAGCCCGCCACUGCGGCCAAUUAUUCAGCACAAAAUUGUCUACCAAAACACAGUCCCCUGUGUGGAAGACAACUAUUGUGUGCCCUGCGUGCCGGUAUGCUCACCGGUGUGGCGCGAGGUAACCAGUUGUUGCUAGGAAUGGCCCUCCUCCCUCCAACCGUUUGUCUGCCAUUACACUACUUAAUACAUAGAGAAUUGCUGAAAAAGGGAAUAACGAGAUCUUUAUGCAGUGGAGGACCAGGUCAGUGCAGCGCUUUUGGACGCUCGCGUGGCAAGAUGGGCUUCUUUCAAUUAAAUACUAGAAUUUGUCAAGACAGGGCACUUAGAAUCCGAGUCUACUUUCCACAAAGGAAGGCUAGAUUUAGUUUGAUAAGUUCUGUUGGAUUCUUUGGUUAGGUACGAGGUAGUGUCCAUAUCAAAGACCAAGAUGUUGAGAUUACACAAGCAUAUAUAUAUAUAUGGGAAGAAGAGACGAUCUCGGGAACCAUAGUUGUAUUGCCCUGACGUUUCAAAAUCAAACAAGAUUUCAUCGUCGGAGGUGAGUGUUGUACCACGCCUCACAGUAUUUAUAGGUGGUGAUGGUCUCCUUUCAACGGGUUUACCUCUCGUCGGGGGCCGGCGUUCGGGCGCUAGCCGUCAUCGCACGUGUUCGCGUGGAUCUUAGUUCUCGUCCUAGGCUGGCAAUCUUCUUUACGACCCCGUGACGGCCUGUGUUCUCCUCUGCCGGAUAAGUUACGAGGAGAAAGGAACCUAAUCACGGCCGGGUCCAUGGGGAAAAAAAACGCAGCCGCACUUCAACUUGGAUCUGGGGAAGGUGCGGUCGUCACAACAGUCGCGACACCCACCUUUCCGGCAGAGGAGAAAACGGACGGUUGCAGUAACAUAAACGGACCCGACGAAGGUGCCAGCGUCACUGCCACUUAUCCGGCAGGUGAGAACACAGGCUAUCGCGGGAUCGUAAAGAAGAUUGCCAGCCGCGGACGAGAACUAAGAUCCAUGCGAACACGUGCGAUGACGGCUAGCACCCGAAGGCCAGCACCCGACGAGAGGUAAACCCGUUGAAAGGAGACCAUCACAACCUAUAAAUACUGUGAGGCGUGGUACAACAGUCACCUCCGACGAAGAAAGCUUGUUUUGCUUUUGAAACGUCAGGGCAAUACAACUAUGGUUCCCGAGAUCGUCUCUUUUUCUCAUUUAUGCCCGGGGACGCGCAUCCUCGCUUCUAUCAUAUAUAUAAAAGGAGAAGGCUCGUCGGAAAAUCGAGGUAUACUCGUGAAUUUCAAGUCGGUUACAACAACCCGUCGUCAGACGAGUAUACCUUGAUUUUCCGACGAGCCUUCUCCUUCUAUUAUAUAGCGUCGGAAUGCAUACUACCUCCAUUAUUCAUAUAUAUAUAAAGUUUCCCGACUGGUCUAUAAACCUGCUCAUUAAUAAUAGUUCAAUCAAAGCACAGCAAAAUGGACAGUUUGACCAGACUUUCAUUCACCAGUCCUUGUCAGACAUAUGAGCACUUUUCAACUUUAUGCACUAACUGUGCUCUGACAGACCUCUAUAAGCAUGACGAAAAAUAACCCUAUCAAGGCUAUAACAUCUGGAUAAAUCCCACCUUAACAUAAACCUACGAAAUGAGAACAAAUGCAUAGAUUAUAUGGACUAUCUAAUGAAAUGUUAGUCGAAAUUCUGAAAUGUAUUCUCAAUUAGGAAGCAUUACUUAAGUGGGAAUGGAUUAGCUUCCGGCCGUCUGCCGUGACCACACUCGGUAAAAAUGACUACUUAAGAAGGGGAAAUUUGCCCCUUGUUCAUCGAUGUCCUAAAAAACUCAAAUAUAUUUUAUAUAAAACACGAGUGAAAAUAUCCUUUCUUACACUUAUUUGAUAGAAAAUUAAAUCGUCUUUACGAUUUUCCCUUUAAAAAUGGUAUCUUUUGAUUAAGGAGAUUUAUGACCAUGCAGUUUUCUAAGACCUCGAAAUAUCCGUUCACAGAGCGUCUUAUCUGCCCGUUUAUUAAUGCUUCUUAUGAAUUAUACAACGGACCACAUUAAUUGCAAACUUUUAUGGGCCCUUUAUAACGUCCUCAUAGUAGCGUAGAUAAAUGUUUGAUUUUCCUUAUGCGGAAAGUAUACAGCACGUGGUUUAAGAUGUAACAACAGAUCGUGUUAACGAUAAUUUAAGGAUUGGAAAAGUUCAUUAAAACUUACUGACAGGGUUUCUUUAAGCCGACUACUUGAAAAUAUAAUUUAAUAAAAAUUAAGUGCAGGAAAGAAUACUAAAUAUGCUUUCUUCGAGAUGCUUUUGAACUUAUACGGGCAUUGGAAAUCGGUGGAAAUUGUCAUGUCGUCUAAGUAGUCAUUUUGACUGAGUGUGGUUUAUUCUGGCGACCGGAAAGAAGUGCAUCCUCUCGUAAAGGAAAUCUUUUUGAAUUAUACUGCGCGAUAAUAAAUAUUUACAUCGCAUCAAAACAAUUCUUUUUAAUAGAAAACACGCUUUAGAACUUCGAAUAAUAUUUUUCUAAGCAGGUCAACUAGGGUAUAUGUAAUGACUGGGACGAAAGAUGCAUUAUUAGAUAGAAAACUUAGUUAGGAUUAAUCUCGUUUAAUGAAAUAAUCUUUGCGGCUGAAAACCUUAUUUUAUUCCUAGAAAAUUCAGGUCCUGCCUAGUUCAUUUAAAAUUAAAUUGAAAAGCUUAACUCCAGAAAUGUCAUUUUUGAAAGGAAACCAUCCAAUCUAUCCAUUUUUAUGCUUUGAACGCGGAUAAACACACCAACGUUUGACCUGUUUGGUUCUAAAAUACGGUUUUUCUUUCCUGUUUUAUUUUACAGGAGCUUUAUACUGAGUUUUCGUCUGACGGUAGGUUCCUUUCGCAUUUGCGGUAAUAAAAGAGACUGCCAUCUCAUCGAGCUAAAAUUAAAAGUUCAAAAGCACUCUGAAGAAGCUCAAAAGGCGAAUAAAAAAUGCGACUUCUGACAUAAACUUAUUUCUCAACCAUCAAAUGCACAAAACAACUCUCCAGCCGUUUAAAAAAAUUAUCAGUUAAAAUCCACAGUCUUAAACAUAAAUUUGAAACGGAAGAAAAGUGACGACGUCAACCCAUUAGGUUUAAAUUUAGCUAUCAAUCGACCGUCUUUUGUGGGCUGAAAGUGCGCACUCAAUUUGCACGCGUCACGCUCAAUGGCUAAUUUGUUUUUUGGGUUGAUUCGGCGGCAUGUGAGUUGUGACCCCAAAAAGGACGGGGUUCACCUCUUAGCUAUUUUACUUUCUGCGAAUUGAUCCCUGUUCGUAAACAGGAAUUUUAUUUUACAAAAAAUAAACAAUUAAUCCAACCGUCGUCUGUUUAGAUAAAAUGAUUUUUAUUUACUCUUCGCCCUGUGACCUUUUUGAAACAUGCCGGAAAGCGCUUACUCACCGGCAUGCCUGAGGUGAUCACAAGCGCUUUUUUGUCAAACUUUCUCCGGCAUCGAGGUAGCACACGAACCGCUGAUUUUAUUAAAUCUACCAUGGGCUGGUGAGUUAGAUUAGUCAGGCAGCGAUGACGCAGACUGUGCCACCCGGAUUUACCGCACUUCGGAAUGAGAUUUUAUUUCAUUAGCAGCAUGCAUUCAAAAACUUCCCGCAGUGCAUUGUUGGCAGAUUCCGAGAUCUCUGACCAGUGUCGGCAUACAGCGUCUUUGCCAUUAGGAGAGCCUAAACUGUAUGGUGGUUCCUGGCAUUGCCGUAAACUUUAUCUUGUCGGCUCCGGAAGAUGCACCAGAAGCGUCUUUAGCCGUGUCUUUCCUAGAGCAAGUGUUGAGCAAACGGCUGAAUUCCGGCAGAACUCUGCAAUACCCUGCUAGGCGCCGUAGGUAAGUUUCGAAAGUGACGACCAGAUUGUGUUUGUGGCACGCGUAUGCGUGUGGUUUAACUGUGGCAGCUACUGCAGAUACUCCAACCUCCGUUCUCCCUGUCUUCGUUCCGUCCCUCCCCCCCCCCGAGCAAGGUGAGUGAGGGAUGAGAGAGUGCGGUAAAUGCUCUGCAAGGUGAACAAAUUCACACGAAAGUAUCGCUGCGGAGCCCGCUAUGUGGAACCGCGGAGAAAGUCGUGGUUUGCAGUCAGCCAAGUCCUGGGGGGGGGGUUCUGCUGAUAUCACAUUCAUUUAAAUGACUACCAGACUCAAUUAAUUAAUUGGUAUUUUUGGCAGAUUUGUUGGCUAGGGCGCUGACUGUACGCAAGCCUUGCUCUUGCUUCUUAGGCACAAAUUCACCGACGCCACGGACUGUUCGGUCAAAUGAAAACACGGGUUUCGUUGGUAAAGCCAGAGAUGUAACAAUCAAUGUAGUCUGUAUCAGUACGAAAUGGGUGAGCUCAUUUGACGCACUAAAGGGACUGCGCGCGUCAAAAAGUUGUGGGAAUAUCAGUCAGUAUCAGUCAGUGUAUUUGGAGUAAACAACAGAAGCCAUGAAAACUCCAUUUAGAGGGUACAGGUAUAAAGUAAAAUAGUUAAAUUGCAAAACUUUUGCUUGCAGUUUUAGUAGGAGAAUUCAUAAAUCUAAUAAUGUAACAUGAAGGUGAAAGGGGUAUUAUAUUCGCAAAAUAAUUGCGAAAAACUUUGUUCACCACACUCGGACUGUGAAAAUUUCAAUAUGGGCUAAGUUUGACGCAAAAAUAGGAUCUGUUGAAAUCCUGUGAGUAGUAUAUUUAUAGUCAUUUCAAUAAUCCGUUAGAUCAGGCUUCGGCAGUUUGGGUUGCCUUUCAGCAGGUGAGUAUCCAGUUGUCUCCUGCUGAAAGGCAACCCAAACUGCCGAAGCCUGAUCUAACGGAUUAUUGAAAUGACUAUAAAUAUACUACUCACAGGAUUUCAACAGAUCCUAUUUUUGCGUCAAACUUAGCCCAUAUUGAAAUUUUCACAGUCCGAGUGUGGUGAACAAAGUUUUUCGCAAUUAUUUUGCGAAUAUAAUACCCCUUUCACCUUCAUGUUACAUUAUUAGAUUUAUGAAUUCUCCUACUAAAACUGCAAGCAAAAGUUUUGCAAUUUAACUAUUUUACUUUAUACCUGUACCCUCUAAAUGGAGUUUUCAUGGCUUCUGUUGUUUACUCCAAAUACACUGACUGAUACUGACUGAUAUUCCCACAACUUUUUGACGCGCGCAGUCCCUUUAGUGCGUCAAAUGAGCUCACCCAUUUCGUACUGAUACAGACUACAUUGAUUGUUACAUCUCUGGCUUUACCAACGAAACCCGUGUUUUCAUUUGACCGAACAGUCCGUGGCGUCGGUGAAUUCGUACCUAAGUAGCAAGAGCAAGGCUUGAGUACAGUCAACGCUCUAGCCAACAAAUCUGCCAAAAAAUACCAAUUAAUUAAUUGAGUCUGGUAGUCAUUUAAAUGAAUUCCAGAUUGAUUGCUAAUAAAAUCCUGCUGGGGCAAUCAGCUUCCAGUAUCAAAUUUCGUGGAUUCCAUGCGUUGCAGUACUCUGGAUGGGUAACAUAAUCCAUCCAAUAAUUACUUCACUGACAGUAGGUGAUCUACCUCGAACAAUAAUUGUGAGAUUUAGGGGUAUUGGAAUAGUGCCUAUCACGCAACAUAAUCCCGAUAGAUUUCAGUUAAGGCAGUAUGCCGGCUUUUGAGUGUGCUCCAUUCGAGUCGUCCGCAAAAAUUACACUCACUGGAAGAUAGCUACUUAAGUAGUGCAGAAUUUCACGGUUGAUCUUCCACGCCCCUAUGAAGCAGGCAUCAAAAUAUCUUUUCUUGUAUGCGUUUUUUUAGCGGGGGUCCGUCCUCAUAAAAAUUUCCAAUCCAAGGGAGGACAGUUUUCACCUUUAAGCUUUUCAAUUCGCGAAUAAGUUUGAACCCUACCUGCCGCUGUAACUACGUUUGGGGUUUACAGGCUAUUUUCGACAAAGUUUCCACGUGGGAAAAAACAUAUAUUCCUCGGCAUCGAUAGGGUGUAGGACCCCAACGAACUUGAGGCAGCCCGUGGACCGUGUCAUUCGAUGAAUGGUGGUAGAGGAGGGGGUAUUACGGGUGGGGCAAGACGCAGGACGGAGAGCAGGCGGAAUGUAAGAAAACACAGAAAAUAAGUAAAUUUCUGUCGAAAGUCCUAUCUUAUGCUGUCAUAUGCCAACGAACGCGGUAAUUAGAAAGAUAAAAAAAUCAAUUUUUCAUAUUGACCCAACUGUGAAAAACUCGGCGCCUCGGAUGGAUCAAGUUACCCGCCCAACCUACUGCAACGUCUGGAAUCCACCAAAUCUGAUACAGUAAGUUGACUGCCCAAGCAGGAUUUCCUAAGUAACUCACCUAGAAUCCACCAGCUGACUACUAGGCUCACGUAAUCCAUAGAUUUUUUGACAGUAUUUGAAUAACUCGCGUCGUCCGACGGGGCCUCGUAGCUCAAGUGGUUAAAGAGUUGGCUGUACUAAAGUUUUCCCCUCGCUCUCGUGGGUUCGAAUCCCAUCGAGGCGCCGAGUUUUUCACAGUUGGGUCAAUAUGAAUAAUUCAAAAAUCUGCCAAAACAUCUACGAAUUACGUGAGCCUGGUAGUCAUUUAAAUGGAUUCCAGAUUGAUUGCUUAUAAAAUCCUGCUUGGGCAAUCAGCUUUCUGUAUCAAAUUUCGUGGAUUAAGUCCAUGGCCUGCGGUGGGGCCGCGUAACUCAGGUAGUUAGAGCGUUUCCUGUACUCGAGUCCUAUCCCUGCUGUCCUGGGUUGGCAUCCCACCGAGACCAAAUGGAUUAUUCACAUCUGCCAAAAACACCAAUUGACCAGUUUUUAUUUGUUUUUUUUAAUGCAGAAGAUCAACCUGACGUUGACGCUCGUAAUAAUCACCUUCAGACCUCUGGCCAAGGAUAUGAAGAUGUAACCGGUAAGGUGUCCGUAAAAAUGUUUUAAACCUACAACACCUUCUAGCAGACUCUAAAGGCUGUAUUUGGAUGCAGAUGCAGUAUCGAAAGAUAAAAAGCAAAAUCAAACCUUAGGACUUACCAAAACAAUUUGUUUUUUGCAUAAGCAUAAGUACUUUACCUAAAUCACGAAGGGUGUUAAAAUUUACAGAUGAUUGCUAAUCACUCGCAAAUCGACACCAAAACAUGAACCCACUAUUUUUUACUAAUAAAGAACUACUUUAAAGAGAUCAAAAACACACAAGAAGUUGUGAAGGUAAUGUCGCCAGUGGGGACGUCAUAUGAGCAAAAUUACUCAUAAGGGCACAUGUUGCCAGCGAUUAAUAAAUUUAAAGAAAUUGACAGGUGUAAUCGUAAACCCACCAGUUUUGCAUAUAACGAGACCUUUUCUUCCGCGAAAUUAAUUUAUACUUUUCAUUUUUUCGGAUUACAUUGAGUUUGCGUGCGGUGAGCUCUGUUUAGAAAGACUCUUGAGCAAACUACGCUCAGACAAGUCCAGGACAAGUACUGGCAUAGAAGACUGCCCGAAUAUAUUGCAAGGUCCAUGUUCGCUCAACUUUAUGAACAUUUUCCUGAUAAAAUUGUGUGGACACACUUUCUGCCCAAGAAAAGGACAUCUCUACAUAGAGGCUGGAGAGGGGACAAAAUGAGUAGCGCUUAAAACGUCCAUAAAUUUUCGCAUCAGUUUCUGUCAUCUGAUUUCAUGAGAUAGGUCACCUGAUGUGGAUGCGCAUUUUGGCAUUUUUACCGCAAAUAGGAAGAUAAUUAAUGUCAGGAAGUCUAAUCCACAAACUUCAAGGGGAAUGGUAUGAACAUUUCCAGAGUCUAACUACUUUCAGUCAUCUAAACCCCGAUGUCAAAUAGGGAGAACCUGAAGAUUGAGGCAGAUGCACUUCAAGAUGAGCUACGUGGUCACACCCCGUCGACAUCGACGAGCGAAAUGGGUAAUUAGUGGCCUAAUAAGGCCAUUGAAGGGAAAAUAGAAGUGACCUGUUGCCUUGGCACUUUCGUUUGGGCUACUUGCGGGCCAUUGUAUAGCCCGCCCCUCCCCAAGACCCACUUUAUGGAUUUUGUGGGAUUCCCUGUGCCCUCAACGCACACACACACAUCGCGAGCCCGAACAAAAAUUGGAAACUCUGAAAAAGUGGGGGACGAGCAGUUCCGGACUAUGGAUGCUCGUCUCUCACAGUACUCCUAGUCGGUCCUGUUGUUUGGGCUUCAUUACCUUCUUCCACUCACCGCAUUUCCAUGCAACUCAUAUGGUUUCUAAAACAGUCGAGGUCGAGAAGCCUCGCCCAGAGGCAUUUGAUGAUGUACCUUCGUCGCAGUUACGCCAAAUUCGUGUUGCAGGCAACCUUUAAGCCGCUGUGCAUUUAUCAUUGCACAAAAAACCUGGAGAAGGAGUUGCAGAGAGCGUUGGCAGCCGAACGAGGACACAUCCGGUGCCGGGUGAGCGGCGUCCCAGGUGUCGUGUGGGAAUGCUUCAAAGCAUCUUAAACCAGGGCACGUCUGAUUUGGCCUUGAAUUUGAUUGGCCACUUGGAGAGCUGAGUGGGCGAAUACCAGACAACCCUGGUGCGUACGCUGAAACACCCGCAAGAAGUUCACCGUUGAGACAGGCGCUUGGAGUAGAGCCACUACAGAGUUCCCCCAGGUCUCGGCGAUCCCGCUGAUGGGGUUGUCUCUCGCAAUCAGAGCUGUCCAGGAGGAUGUACUGUUACGCGGAUUGCCCGUAGACGAGCACUGAUUUCUGUAAGCUUCGGGCCUGUUUGAGGAACACGGCAAAUAGCCACUUCACGUCAGGGCAGCCGCUGAGUGAACUCUUAUCAAGUAAACCACCGGUGGGUGAGAGAAGAAGAGCGCAAGAUCGAUAGAGAUCAGAUCUAAUUCUGGAUUAAGGUCUAAUAAAACAUUAUAUGGCCCUCCGAAAUUGCCACGAUGCGCCGAAUAUCGUGGCUUGAAAGGAUUCGAACCUGUGUCAUAACUCGGGCUGCGACCUUAUCGACAUCGAAUCCUUGUCGGGUCAUAGGCCUCCGUCCGAGUUAGGGAACAGACGGGCUGUUUAACUUCGUCGGCUACUGUAACCUCGUUUGCCUUCUGUCGAUCUGACUUCUCCUUGCAACCGGGGUGCGGAACGAGGGGGAGCGAGAGAAUAAAGUGGAUGAAGUGAAUGUCCCCCGAACUGUAAGCAAGUUCAUGCUCAAAUCACUGCUGGGGGCUUGGUGGAUCUCGCCACCCACGACAUUCGAACUAUCGUGUCGGCUAGUAUUCAACAAUUAAUCUAACAUAAGAGGGUUAUGGGCGUUUCUUUCCUCUUUCUAUGACCUUUUGGAAUGUCAUAGCACAACUAGGGAUAAAUGCUCGGGUCCGGACAAUCUGCAGCCGAAGGGCUGUCGGGCUAGAUGCGUCCGGACCAAAUGAUGGCAUCUGAACGAAUCGAAAAUGCAUCAGUACUGUGCUGCCACCAUGUAGUCCGGCUGAUCCUUCUUUGGGGUUCCAUCUAGCCUGCACCAUUCCACACUUAAUGUUUUUGCCUCCAGGAUUGUAGCAGCACAAAAGGAGUCGACAAUACCUUGACUGACUAAACAUGCUAUCUCCUCUAACUUCAGACUUCAAAGAGGACGCCAAAUAUGGACGCGUCGUGAGGAAACAGGUCUGCUGCUGUCCUGCAGUGUGCUACUGCAACGUGAGUUUGGCCCAGAUGGACCACGAAUGUUCAAGCCCGAGUAGUUUGUGACACUGAAAAAUAACCGCUACUGAUUCAUGUAUAGUAGUACCACUUCCCCUUUAUGAAGUGGGAGACACGGGCGUUGGAACGUAUGGAAUCCAAGUUGCAAACGGUGUGAUUUUGCGAAAAACCAGUUGAUUCACCAUCCUGUAAACAGACCUAUGCCUUCUUCUUCCUUUAUAGGAUUGUUACGAUUACGAUUCAGCUAACGACUAUUGCCCAAGUGGCUAUCGGCGACUGAGAAGGAUGCGGUCCAUUUGCGUCAACAGACGUUCUCGUGCAGAAAAAGGUGAUGGAACUAAUGCUAUGAAUAAUCAUUUUGCCAGCAUUUUGUUGCUUUUCUUUGCACCGCAUAAUGCCGCUAUCAAGUGGAUUUAAAUUCGGUCAGAUCCGGACAAUCCUACUCACAAAUGAGAAAAACGAGAUGCGACCUCCUUAACUGUUUCCUGGAACACUUAAUGAGGCCGCUUAAUAUCUCUGAACCCAGGAGAUGCCUAAAUGUAUUUGCUGAACACUGGUCAAGCCUAUAUGGGAAUAGAAUUUGUCACAUUUAAGAGCAAAUAGGCUGAACUACUCACCCUUCGGAGGUCAAACGGUGUUCAGGAGUGGGACAGGUUUUUACGAUGAGUGUGAAAGGCCUCAUCCAGAGCAUCUUCCAUAAAAACCUGGGCAAGACCUAACCUAUAACUCUUUCUCUGUCGUACUCGAUCACCCGAAUUCAGUCUCGAUGAACGCCCUUGAAGUGGUUUGGGGCACAGGGUUUAAAUGCACCAGCUGCCAGCCCUCCCUGUCCAGUCUCACUGAGACAUCAUCAAGAGUCUGAAAACACCUGUCGUAGACAAGGACCGCAAAGCUUAUUGGAUAAAUUCAAAGAGUGAUUGGUAUUAAGAUUACACUUGAAUGGUCAACUAGGUAUUAAUCUUUGAAUAAACGAUCAGCCUGGCGUUUUUCGGGAUGUUGUGUCGAGGUAAUUUUUGUCUACCUUCACGAAUAUCAUCCAGAAUGAGAGGGAGAACUGGUUCACCAGGAAGGACUAACUUGAGCCCACCAGGAAAAGCGAUUUUACGAAAUUAUGCCUAAUCUCAAUAUAUGAGUAACGUCUGUCAUGCACUCUCCUAUAUGAAGACAGAGAAGAGGGUGUCUGAUUAAUGAAACUUAGGCGGACACUCACUUUCCGAAUUUGAUGUAUAACUAAAUCUUUACGUUGCUAUGGUUUUUCCAAUUCAGUUCUCGUGCCGGUUGAAAUGUGCAAGGAAUGUGAGGAUCGACAGGCCUCUGGGAAACCGGGGCCAUCCAGGAUACUUAUCAGCCGCAAUUAA